CAAGUCUACUGGGGCAAUGCUGCGCAACAUCCUAUUAUUAUGGGCUGUUGGAGGCGCUGACAUUGGUGUGUUUUCAGUCCCUCUGACAUGCGAGACACGAACAGUGCUGUGCAUCCUGAACCACAUAAAGACAAGCGGUUCACACCAACUUUAGCGCCCGCAAUACCCAAACAUCCCUCCCACACUCGUAUAACUCAGCCACACAAUGUCCAGCACAUUUGGAGACGCUUCCACUGUUGUUGAAGGACAUAGUAAUAACUUUGGCCAUAAGGACCUCUCAACUGGCAAACACUCGAGUCCAUCUCGCCCAAGCGGCAGCAACGUGAUGAUGGCAGCGGGAGAUUUCACGACGACAAUAGACUACCUUGCGGGGGAGCGACAGUUCUUCGUGAAGAUCGGGAAAGAUGGAUUGGAUGGCGCGUUGCGCACGCUGGAUGAGCAAUUGCGACAGUCCGGACACAACAAGAUCAUAUCUAAGAAGAAACCCACAGAUUGGAUUGGAAAGGAAGUCACACCCGGGCGGCUGGGCCUCGUAAAUCAUGGCGGGCUCCCCAAGGUGCUCACGCAACCGGGGCGGUACCCUGGGUUUCCGCUGAGAAACUGGUGGGCGCGGAGCUGGCAGGGCACCAAGGGGCUAUCGGACACGGUUGUAGAGUUUCAGGGCCUGACCAUCGUACAGGUCUCGCAGAACCAAGCUGCGGUAAUAUCCGACCCCCAGAAUCAUAUCUUCGUCGUGAAGAACGCUGGUUUCGUCGCCUACGGCAUUCAUGGGUCUUAUGACGUCCUUGCAAUUGUCGACCAGACUCAUCUCCCUGGGACCGUCAAGGACCGGAUCACAGGCUCUAUACUCGGAGCAGUGCAUGAUGUCAAGAUGACGAGUACAGUUGCAGGAAAAGCUCAAGAGUUUAUCGUCGCGAUGUUCUUGAACAUUCCCGCAAAUAAUUGUGCAAUUCUGCAGAAGGGCAACGACCUUGAGCUUCUUCCUGCAGGGCAACACUAUAUCACAAACCCAAACGUGACGCUCCGAGGGUUGUAUACGCUAGGCGAGAAUCAAAUCGAGAUGCCAACGAAGGACAUAUUUACGCGCGACCAAGUUCCUGUUAGCUUGACAAUUUAUCUGAAAUGGCAGCUCACAGAACCUCUCAAGCUUGCCGCGCACGGCUAUCAUACUCCAUAUGACGCUCUCAGGGACAAGACGCAGUCCAUCCUCACGCAGAUCGUUGCGCACUUGGACUACAGUUCCAUGGUGAAGCAGCGUUCCCUCGGGCCCGAUAAUAUGGAGGACGGAACAGAUCCUUCUUCGCCCUUCCUAGACGCCCUUCGUACUCGUGCAAUGGACGAUAUGCACGUUGCUUCAUUGGAGUAUGGGAUUGUACUGAAAGACCUCGCUGUGAUUGACCGACAGUUCAAAGGCGAUAUUGCGACAACGAUGGACAAGCUGACGACACGUGCCCUACAGGCUCAAGUUGAGGCUGCGAAUGUUGACCGAGAAAACAGCAAUAAAGUCAAGCAAGAGGAGGGCGCACUCUCAGUGGCGCGAAUCAGGGCUCAAGCACGCAAUACUGAAGCGGAUGCAGAAGCCUACUCUGUUGUUGCCGCAGCGAAAGCUUCUGCUAAACGCACACAAAUUGAAGCUGAGGCCCAAGCCUCAGCGACUCGUCUCGCUGCAGAAGCAGAAGCAGAAGCCGUUCGCGUCAAGGCCCUGGCAGACGCUGCGGUGGUUGAUUCAUUUGCUCGAGAGAUGGAACUCCGUAGAAACGAAGUCGAGAGGGUCGGGGCGUUUGGGAACAAGGCCGUCUUCGUCCCUAUUGAGAAUACGGGAUAUUCAAACCCAAUGCUCACGGGGUUGGCGGCGGGUAUCGGGGCAGAUAUGAAGAAAUCCUGAUCCGAGAAUCUUGUUUCCCUUUCUGCACGUCGUCAGUGUUUGUUUGCCUUUGUCGUUUACACUGUCGAUCUCAUGUUACCUACUACUAUGUACUUAUUAUUACUUCACCAUGGCCUAACUCUCCCUAUCAACACUACCUAUCGAAUUUUCUUCCGUCUG